CCACCACGGUUAAUUCAAAGCUACAUAACUGGAGUUGACACAGGUGCACUUCAAACACUCAAAUUGACACAGAUUCGGAAGCCUCUGAUGAAAUCGGCUUUCAUUGAUCAGAAUUUAACAGAAGAAGAAGUCAAUAUGAAAUUUGUCCAGGACCUCUUAAGAUGGGUGGAUGAAAUGCAGGUACAGCUUGACCGAGCUGAAUGGGGUUCAGAUUUGCCAGGUGUUGAAAGCCAUGUUGAAAAUCACAAGAAUGUUCACAAAGCUAUUGAAGAAUUUGAAUCAAGUCUUAAAGAAGCAAAAAUCAGUGAGAUCCAAAUGACUGCUCCCCUCAAACUCAGCUAUACAGAAAAAUUGCACAAACUGGAGAGUCAAUAUGCAAAACUCUUGAAUGCCUCUAGAAAUCAGGAAAGACACCUUGACACCCUUCACAAUUUUGUGUCACGUGCCACUCGGGAACUUAUAUGGUUGAAUGAAAAGGAAGAGGAGGAAGUUGCACACGACUGGAGUGAAAGGAACACAAAUAUAGCAAGGAAAAAGGAAUAUCAUGCCGAUCUGAUGAGAGAACUUGACCAGAAAGAAGAAGUUAUUAAAUCAGUUCAGGAAAUAGCAGAACAAUUGCUCUUUGAAAACCACCCUGCGAGAUUAACUAUUGAGGCCUACCGAGCUGCAAUGCAAACCCAGUGGAGCUGGAUUUUACAGCUCUGCCAAUGUGUUGAACAGCACUUAAGAGAAAACACUGCAUAUUUUGAGUUUUUCAGUGAUGCCAAGGAGGCUCUGGAUUACUUGAAGAAUUUACGAGAUGCAGUACAUCGAAAAUACAAUUGUGAUAGAUCCAGCAGCAUUCAUAAACUAGAAGAUAUGAUCCAAGAGUCUAUGGAAGAAAAAGAACAGCUCCUGCAGUACAAGAGCACCGUGGCAGGCCUUGUGGGUAGAGCAAAGGCAAUAGUUCAGCUAAGGCCGAGGAAUCCCGAAAAUUCCCUAAAAACGUCCAUCCCAAUUAAGGCCAUCUGUGACUAUCGACAGAUCGAGAUAACCAUUUACAAGGAUGAUGAAUGUGUCCUGGCAAGCAACUCUCAUCGAGCAAAAUGGAAAGUGAUCAGCCCAAGUGGCAAUGAGGCCAUGGUUCCCUCUGUUUGUUUUACCAUCCCUCCUCCCAAUAAAGAAGCCAUAGACACUGCAAAUAGAAUUGAGCAGCAAUAUCAGAAUGUCCUAUCUCUGUGGCAUGAGUCACACAUAAAUUUGAAAAGUGUAGUUUCUUGGCACUAUUUAACAACUGAAAUUGAAACUGUUCGAGCAAGUAAUGUCGCUUCGAAGCUCAAAAAGGAGCUGGAUCGACUCAAAGAUGAUUUGGAAACAAUCACAGAUAAAUGCAAUGAUUUCUUCAGCCAAGCUGCUGGUUCCCCUUCGGUCCCAACUCUGCGCUCUGAACUUAAUCUUGUCAUUCAGAACAUGAAUCAGGUUUAUUCCAUGUCUUCCAUUUACAUAGAAAAGUUAAAAACCGUAAAUUUGGUGCUCAAAAACACUCAAGGAGCUGAAACUCUAGUAAAACAGUAUGAGACUAAACUUUGUGAGGAAGACCCAUUAACUGCUGACAAGAGCAAUAUUGAGAACCUGAUGGGUACACUGAAGCAAUGGAGAGCUGAAGUUGAUGAAAAAAGAGAAGUAUUCCAUGCCUUAGAAGAUGAACUUCAGAAAGCGAAAGCAAUUAGUGAUCAGAUGUUUAAAACACACAAGGAACGUGAUCUUGACUUUGACUGGCACAAAGAGAAAGCAGAUCAGUUAACUGAGAGGUGGCAAAAUGUUCAUUCUCAGAUUGAAAACAG